AUGAUUCUUAGAGCGGCAAUAUUCGGCAGUGCCAUCGCGGCGCUUGCCAGGACAGCGAAGGCGGCGCAACCCAGCGCAGCCGAGCCCGUCGCGGCUCCCAUGCGAGACCUUCGCUGGGGCAACCUCAACUUUCUACACACAACAGACACUCACGGCUGGCAUGGCGGCCACCUCCAGGAGUCUCAGUUCUCGGCCGACUGGGGCGACUAUGUCUCGUUUGCCGAGCACAUGCGGCAAACCGCAGAUGCCCAGGGCGUCGAUCUCCUCCUCGUCGACACGGGCGACCGCGUCGAGGGCAACGGCCUCUACGAUGCCUCGAGCCCCAAGGGCGAAUACUAUUACGAUAUCUACCGGGAACAACAGGUCGACAUCAUAUGCACGGGAAACCACGAGCUCUACCAAGCUUCAACGGCGGACCAGGAGCAUCUACAGACGGUCCCAAACUUCAAAAGCAACUACAUAGCUUCCAACCUAGACUACAUCGACCCAGAGUCUGGCAAUCGCAUUCCGAUGUCACAAAGAUACCGCAAGUUCCAGACAAGGAACCAAAAACUGGACAUUGUCGCCUUUGGCUUCCUCUUUGACUUUACCGGGAAUGCUAACAACACCGUCGUCCAGCCUGUAAAGGAGACCAUCCGGGAGCAGUGGUUCCAGGGCGCCAUAAGGGAGCAGACGGAUCUAUUUGUUGUCAUCGGCCAUGUCGGGAUUCAGAUGCGGGUAUUCAAGGACAUAUUUGCGGCGAUUCGGCAGCAGAACCCGCUCACCCCUAUUCUGUUCUUUGGCGGCCAUGUCCAUAUACGCGACGCCACAGCCUACGACUCAAACUCGUUUGCGAUAGCGAGCGGGAGGUAUUUUGAGACGAUUGGCUGGAUGUCUGUCACGGGCGACCUGAAGAGAGCCGCCAACACACCCUUCUCGACUGACACAGGCGCCCUUUCUUUCCAGCGCAGAUACAUCGACAACAACCUCUACGGGCUCUACUACCACACGGGCCUCAAUCUCUCAACAUUCCCCACCGAACACGGCCGUAACGUUACGGCCAUGAUUGUCAAAGCUCGCAAGGAGCUUGAUCUUGAUUACAGCUUCGGCUGUGCGCCAAAAGACUACUGGAUGAGCAGGACACCCUAUCCCCACGAAGACAGCAUCUACACAUGGCUUGAGAAGGAAGUACUCCCAGCGGUAGCCGUGAGGGACAACCGGAAGGAUAUACCGCGUCUGGUAAUCAUGAAUACGGGUGCCAUCCGAUUCGACAUCUUCAAGGGCUCCUUCACAAGGGACUCAACACACAUCGUUUCCCCGUUCCUGAGCGUCCUCAACUACAUCCCCGAUGUGCCCUACAGAGUCGCCCGGAACGUCAUCAGGAUGAUCAACAAUGCCGGGCCAAUAGCCAGCUCGCUGUACGAUAUGGAUCCGCGGUUUAUGGGCCCCCCGGAGCAGUUUGAAAUUCAUGAGCCUAUCAUCUACACCAAGGACAAUAACAACAAUGACAAUGGCAGAAAUGACAGAGAGGACGAGUAUGGCAGCCAACCAGCGCAGAAGCCCCUUGGCGGCAAAGAGCGGCAGCAAUCGGAGAAGAAGCCCACCCUCGUCCAGGGGUACACCACAAGGGACGACAUCGGCACCGACGGAGACGACGCGGUGCACGCCCCGAUCGACUUCUACACGGUGCCGAACUGCAUCCAGGCCGAGGUGGGGUUCGCGCCCGAGAGCCCGCCGGAGACCGUAGACCUGCUGUUCUUCGACUUCAUCCAACCGUGGGUCCUCCUUGCGCUAAAGUACUCCGGCGGCAGCUACACCAACGAAGAUGUCGAGCUCUAUGUCGACGACACGUUCACGGAGCUCAUGGCGUCCUGGAUCGAGGAGAACUGGGCCGAGCAUUGCAAGGCGUGA